CUAACAUGAAAUAUAAUACCUAUGGUGCCAUCUUUGCAUGAAAACAACAUAUUUUCAUUCAUUAAAAUAAAUUAAUUGUUAAAAUAACGAUGAAUCCCUUUAUAACUCAUUUAUUCUACACCCCUGACACAGGUUACCUUGAUAGAUAAAUAAACAAUAAACGAGAGAUGGCAGCAUUGCGGGUCAACAUUUUUAUAUAAGUUUUUAUUUUAUCAAGUGUUUAUCAUAUUCAUCACAUUUCCUAUUCCUACUACAAUCUACAACCAAGAAGUUGGUUAUUGAAUAACUUGUCCCUCGCUCUGAUUGAAGGAGUUGUUAUUGUCACGUGCCAGUGUUUAGUGUUUGUGCAAAUUGAAGGACAUUCGUAAUCUGACGUUGUUUUCGACGUCAGUCCCACGAGCCUCCACAAAAAUUCUAAUCGCGAAUCAGAUAUUGCCAUUUCGAGGUGGAAUUUGUGAGUUUUAUCAAGAUUUUUACAGUGAAAAGUGUUCAUUUUUGUAUAAAUAAUAUUAAAAAUAAAUGUAUAGUGCAAUAGUGUAUAAGAAUACGUCAGCCUUAAUAAAUAGUUGAACUUAUUUGAUAAAUCAACCAUAUUAAGAUUGGUAAAAUUUAAUUCUAAGCAUCGAGAGUCGAUAGUGUAUUCGAAUUUAUUAAAUUAUAGUAGAUUUGGAUAAGAGCAUUUGGGUAGACAAGCACUAAGUAGUUUUGUCGAGUCAUGGCAAACUCGUGAAAGCAUGGUGGACUAAAAAUUAAUCUAGUGUUGUGCUUGGUUAUUUAUAAACAUUGCACCGUGAUAGUAGGCCAUAAAUAGUUUGCUAUUUCUAGGAAAUUCGAAAGCUUCUAACCUUAUGAUGAGCGAUUUCGGAAAGGAUUUUUUCCUAGAUCCCGGCAUCACAAUCAAGCAGGAACCUUUAAACAACGACAACUCCACCAUCAACAUGUCCGCAAGCGUGCCCAUUCCACCCAGAAGGGAUCUCAACGAUUACAGAGAUUUCGGUUUGGAUUUCGAAAAUUCUCAAUCUCCUUUAUAUUCAGACGUCGGUUUGAACUCGCAAAUUCAAACACAUCAGUCGAUUUUCGAUAAUAAUUCUUGGUCUCUGAACAGACUCAUCAACAGCGAAGAAAUGUUGAAGUCAGAGGCUUUUAUACAUAUGGAUGAGGAUGAUAUUUUCCAAGUGGACAAGGCUGAUCUGAUACAGGGGCCUACUUUGGCUGAGUUGAAUGCUAAUGAUGAGAAUUUAUUAGGUAAAAAUGGUGAUUUAAAUUUCGACGACUUGCUACUACCGGAGGAGAACACUUACAUAAUUCUGGAAAAAGGUAAUUCACAACAUAUGAGUCACCAUAUUAACAAUAAUCCUGUUACGUCUUGCCCCAAUCAAGGUAUGCUUUACCAUAGGGAUUUGGAUCUACCCUCCAGCGUUCCUACCGGUACGUUCGACCAUUAUAAAUACAAGACACCCGUUUCUGCGUUUUCCCCGGAAAGUCAGAAUAGUUCAAGUUCCUCCCUAGUUCACUCUCUUUCUUCGCCAUCGAAUGUGUCUCAUUUCCCUCAGAAACACAGUACCUUGCAAGAACUUCUAGUCAACAAAGAUCCCUAUGGAUCACCAGAUCACACCAUUUUGGGACAGUCUUUCCCAGAAAGGAACACAGCUGGACCCGGGCUGGGUGUUAGGUUAGGACGAGCACAUAAUGCAGAAUUAUCUUCUUCGGCACCUACUCACUUAGGUUUAGAACAAAUCUGGCAACGCCGCGAACCUAGAAAGCAUCUUCUCUCGACUAGUUCCUUAGUGGAAGCCGGCUCGACUUCCUCUUUAUCAACGGGUGGUUUAUUAAGCCCGGAUCCGCCUGAUUUAUCCCAAGAUGAAGAGACGGAUGAGGAUAGUGAUACUCACUAUGAAGAUUUCUCUUCAGAUAAUGAUUCCGAUGAUGAUGACGAUAACAAACAUUCGAGGCAUUCGAGUAAGAAAGAGCGGUAUUUCUGGCAGUAUAACGUUCAAGCGAAAGGCCCUAAAGGGCAAAGACUCGUGAUGAAAUCCAAAAUGGAGGACCCGCACCGUUUGCACGAGGUUACGGAUCCCGUUUUCAGCCCUGAUUGUUCCGUUAGAGGUAUCAAGCAUAGCGGAAAGGCCAGAAAAGGCGAUGGAAACGAUUUGACGCCCAACUCCAGAAAACUUUACAACAUCGGUCGUGAGUUAGACAAGCUCGGUCGCAUCAUCAACGACAUGACACCCGUCAGCGAGCUGCCGUUUAACGUACGACCGACGUCCCGGAAAGAAAAGAACAAGCUAGCUUCGAGGGCGUGCAGAUUAAAGAAGAAAGCGCAACACGAAGCUAACAAAAUUAAACUGAGCGGUCUCGAGUUGGAACACAAACGUCUCAUUAACGGUAUUAUCAACGCGAAACGGAUUUUAACCACCAAACUGGCCGAACAGAGUCAAGAGAAGCAAGAGGAAUUGACAGCCACUUUGGAAAAGAAUGUAAAAAACGCCACAAAAUUGAAAAUUGCGGGUCUCACCACGGAAUAUGUCAACAAAAUUUUAGACAAGUACAAAACCAACACGCAUUCAACGACGACCGUCGUCUUAGAGGAUUUAUAGAUGCUUUUUAAGCAGAAAAAUAUAUUAUGUAACCAAAUCUCAUUGUGCAUUUUCUGUGGUAACUACAUUGUGGUAUAUUAUAAAGGAGAUGUUUCUAUUUUAAGGUUUUAAAAUGCAUGUUAAUGAUAUUUAAUAUUUUAUCUAUUCGGAUCUUGUUGCUUACAGUUGAUUGCGAAACAAAAAGCGGAAAUAAUUUUUUCUAUUUAAUAUCUUUCAAAAAUUUAUUUAAGGAGGGGGAGGGAGAGCGAGAGAUGUUAUUAGCUACUGGGCGAUUAUUUUCGUUUAAUUGCGAUCAAUCGAUUACUUUCCAUUAAUCACUUAUUUUUAAAUAAUAAAAAUCGAUUAUUUUUGAUUAAUCAUUAAAUUGAUUAUUUCCAAAAAGUCUAAAAUUGAGGAUGACAAUUUUUCUUUUAAAUAAUAAAUUCAAAUAGAAUUUAGAGACAGUUCAACGAAAACACAGACUCAAUAAUUAUUAUACAUAAAAUAAAAAAAAAAUAAAACGCAGCUACCAAAAAUUCCAAAACAAGUCGCUAUCACAGAUCACAGAACGCUAUGAACAAAAACUUACUCAAUUGUCACUAUCAACCGUUUGUUCAACACCUAAAGAAGCUGCGAACAGAUUCAUCACGGCAGUAGCAAACAAUGACGUCAGUGAAUGAUGUCAUAAUACUUCCCUUCGAGCAGUUCACGUCGCAAAAAUGAUACGUAAUACCGUUUGAUCACCAAAAAUUGGCCAAAUGCGAUCACUGUUUGACAAAAACGUAAUUUUUGUCAGUUUUUAGUUGAAAGUUUGAGGGACAGGACGUUGUAAUUUACUCUAAUUUGAAUGUACUUCUUUGAACUCACUCUUCAAUUUUAAAAUUUUUCUAAAAGAUCGCGUUUUUAUGGAAAAUAACUAAAAAGUUUGUCAAUUCGUUCUAUAGUGGGGUUUAAUUUUGUGAAUAUCUGGUUGGUGCGUCAGUUGUCUAAAUAUUGACAAGCGAAAAAUGGAACGCGAUCAUUGUUUGACAAAAACGCCAUUUGUCAGUCUGAAGUUGACAAUUUGAGUCACAGAACGUUUACAUUUUCUGUAAAUUUUAAUCAUUUUAAAAUUUGUCUAAAAUAUUGCAGUUGAUUUUUGUAUGACAAAAACAUAAUUUGUCAGUCUGCAGUUUAAAUCCACAGGACGUUUAAAUUUUCUGUAAAUUGCAUUUUAAUGUGGGAAAUAACUAAAAAAAAUGCUAAUUCAACCUAUAGUGGAGUUUGAUUUUGUGGAUAUCAAGUUGGUACGUCAAUUGUCAAAAUAUUGACAAGCGACAAAUCAAAGGCGAUCACUGUUUAACAAAAACGUCAUUUGUCAGUCUGAAGUUGACAGUUGGUAUCGAAUUUUAAUGUAAAUUUUGAUACACUUUCUCCAAUAAUUUUAAAAUGUAUCCAAAAGAUAGCAUUUUUGGGAGAAAUAUAUAAAAAAAUGUUAAGCCUGGUUCUAAGGACUCUUUCCAAAACAGUCCAAUUUGGUUUAAAAAAUAGACAAAAAAGGGUGGCAAGACUUAUUUGGGUGUCAUCAUACAUUUGCCGCGUUUGAGAAUCCACAUCGGAUGCAUCUGAGAUGUUGUGAAUUUUUUAUCACGUGAUAGAGAAUUAGAUCUGAAUGUAGAUGUAAUAAACAAAACGCUCUAGACUUUAUUUGGUCACGUGACAAAUGUCAAUGACAAGUUAGAAGUUUAUACUUAUUAAAUUUGACUUUUGAGACUACAAAUCAACCUAAAUUUGAAAUAUAAACAAAAAUUAAGCAAACUAAUCACUUUUAUAUUCAUACUAGCAUAAACAAAGGAAAAAUUGACAAACAAGGCUUCACAGAACACUUACUUUCUAGCAUGGAACAAACAUCUCAUUCACAUCUCAUUUCAAAUCGAGAUGUAAAAAAUGUAAUCUGAACAGGUACAUCUGGGAUAAAAAAACGCAGUUGUAGAUGUAGUAGAUGUGUCCGAUGUGUAUAAAAAAACGCUCGAGAUGUAAAAAAUGCAUCCGAUGUGGAUUCUCAAACGCAGCAUUUGAUUGUAAAUCUAAUUCAUCUUAUAGUGGAGUUUGAUUGUAAGAAUACCAAGUUCGUGGGACAGUUGUUAAAAUAUUUACAAUUGCGGUCAUUUGUCAGUCUGAAUCGAUUUAUUGUCAUAAAAAUUACUUAAUUAGAUCUGCAUUUCUACAAAAAAGAAAAUACAUUUAUAUUCUAUCGAAAUCCAAGGGUCAAGACUCCAUUUUUUGCGCUGCGUUUAUUUACGCUCCUGACUCUUGAAUUUAGACAAGAGUAUAGUUCCUAUUUUUAACUUUGUAUUUUUUUUUAUUUUACGCUAUCUUCUGUAAGCAACGAGGUUUUAAAUGUUAGAAAUCGGUAAGUUUUAUUAAACUAAGAUAUAUAUUUAAAAAGAAGAAAAAACUUGUUACACGAAUUGAUAGAUUAAUUUUUUAAUACAAAAACACCCUAUUAGUUAGUUACUUUACGGCUAAAAUAUUCGUUGUCUAAAAUAUGUGUUGGUCAGAGAAAAUAUUUUUUUAAAAGAUAUUUAGAGAUUCGAGCAUGAAUAUUUUUUACUGAUAUUUAUACAAAAAAAUAUAUAGUUGUUAGUCGAAUGUUUAUAUUAAUGGAGCAACGUACGGGAUGACCACAGUUGAAUUAAAUUCAUAAGUGGGAUUGUCGUGAGAACUGUCGCCUUGUUUUAGAAACACCCAGUAUUUUAGUACUUGUACAUAUAAAAUUUAUUUUGUAAAUCACCGUUUUUUUUGUACAUUUUAUUUGUUGAUUUUUAUCUUUAUUGUACCAGGCAGUACCUAAGUUUUAUAGCUUUAAUUUGUUAUUUAUAUUGUAAAUUGAGAAUAUUAUAUAGGUUAAUUUCUUUGAUAUUUUACGUUUUUAUGAGAGGCUCAUCCAGGAUUUGAUCCAUUUCAAUAAAAAAAAAAAAAGAGAAAAUUACUUAGUUUUAUUUACCCAACCUGUUUCUUAAAAAACGAAUGGAUUUAAUUAAUUUUUUAGUGAAAAGUGUUAAGAUGGAUUAUGAAUUAUUUAGAGUUGCAGAUACCAGUGACCAGUGCAAGACACAUAUUAUGCAGUUAAUUCCUUCAUUAACAAACAAGAAUAGACUUUUUCAUUCAUCCCUUUGAUUUUAAAUUCCUAUAUAUACA